AUUUCCGAUAUUGGACUCUAGUAUCUGGUACCGCGUUCUAAGAUAAGUCGCAUUCACAUAGCUGUCCUCCAAUAUAGGUUCGUGGCCCUUGGGUUAAGGGGAAUUUCGAGGUCCAAUUCAACGUUGUGGGCGGCAGCGAUUUGUUAAGCGAGUAGACUGCACCUGCCACUGCGCUGCGCUUGAACCGCGCCUGCACCUCACCACAUCCACCGCCCAUGCCAAACACAGUCCGUCCAUUCCUCCAACCACAACCACACAUCAACAAUCACCCAAACUCGUCUCCCCUUGCUCCCCUUACUCUACCACUCAACCCACAUCGCUCUGAAUCGAUUCCUGACCAGUUCCGAACAUCUACCUCCUCCUCCUACUCACUAUUUUCCGUUCUGGUUGAUCCCUGGUGCAACAAUGUUCUCAACUGGCCCAACGAUCUGACCGAAUCGACCAACAAGGGGAUUGCGUAUUCAAAGAGGAGGACACCCCCUCUGGGGGCUUAAUAUUAAAUCACACAUGAUUUCGGUGCAUCUGAAAACACUUGAUCGAGGAUGCCCCCCACAUCUCAGACCGACAAAGCCACUCGUCAGUCGUCCGCCAGUAAAGGCUUCUUUCGACGCCACCGAGACACCAAGGAUGCCUCCGACACCGCCAGCAUCAAUACUGUCAAUGGUUCAUGGCCUUCGCGGCAUGCGAAGAGGGACUCGGUCGCUUCCAUAGACGGGCAAGACAACGAUACUUUGGGUCUCUCUAUGACCGCCGGUGUCAUAACCUCCAUCCCUUAUUCUUCCACCUCCGGCUCCCAAGCGCCUGUCUCCGUCGAUUACUUGCCUCGAGACGACCACGUUCCGGUUCGAAAAGACCCUCAGCCUCACCAGCUUGCCAGAGGCUCCGAUUUUCAUCAAUAUCCUGCCUUUACUGCUCCCACAAAUGGCGCGACACACCCGACCGGACCUCGCCCCCCGCCACAUUCCUCCACCUUGUCCGGUGUCACUAUGGCUUCCAGCAACAUCGGUGACAGAGGAGCAAAAUACCAACAAUGGGGGCGCCCCUCCAGCAGAGAAGGUUCUACUCAUCAGCACUCAAACUAUGACUCGGUCUCAACCAAUGACUCUUACUCAGUCCCCCGUAAAUCCUUCGACGCUGCCAGUAUCCGAUCAACCGCCUCUUCUGCUACCAGGGGUUCUAGUCUCUUUUCCUCCGAGAGCUCAGCGCGAACAGCUAUGCCAUCGCGACAAGACUCAGACUCGUCCAUGACCCUCAUCUCCCCGACUCACUCCCGCUUAUCGAAGUUCACCUCGCAGUCGGGCUGGCCCACCCAGCAAGCCUCCGCGUUUAGUUCCACCACCUCUUUCAACCCCGUCGGCUUUUAUCUGCCAAAGCCCAAAAGCGAUGCCGAAGUCGAGAAGCUCUUUCUCCAGCUCAUGCACAAGCGAGGUUGGCAAAACUUGCCCGAGCAGGCGAAACGCCAGAUGAUGGCAUAUGCGCCGGCCAAAAAAUGGACAUUGGUACAUCAAGAUAAAUUGACCGAGUGGCAAGGCGAGCAGAAACGACGACAACAGGCUCGUCAAACCGGCACGCUCGAUGGUCCUUCUUCGCGUGAUGUCGAUGGAACUCCAGAAUGGUACGUCAAGAGAAUUUUGGACAACACUAUCACCGCCAAACAACUACAGUCUCUGAGUGUGAGCUUGCGAACUCAGCCCAUUAGCUGGGUCAAGGCUUUCAUCGAGGCUCAAGGCCAAAUAGCUUUGACCAAUGUCCUCAUGAAAAUCAAUCGCCGGCAAGCCAAUGGUCCUCCCCAGCCCAAUGCUGCUCCCAUCACGGACAAAGAUCUCGACCGAGAAUAUGAUAUUGUCAAAUGUCUCAAGGCUCUGAUGAACAACAAAUAUGGAGCUGAUGACGCCCUCACCCACGAGCAAAUCCCCGUUGCCCUCGCCAUCUGCCUCAUAUCUCCCCGCAUUACCACCAGGAGGCUUGUCAGCGAAGUCUUGACAUUCCUCUGCCAUUGGGAUCAAGGCCAAGGCCACCUCAAGGUUCUCCAAGCCAUGGACCAUGUGAAAAGCAUGACUAGUGAAAAUGGCCGCUUUGACGCAUGGAUGCGCAUCGUCGAAGUAUCCGUGGAUGGUCGUGGUAAAAUGGGAAGUUUGGUAGGAGCCAGUGAAGAGUUUCGCAGCGGCGGAGUUGGUAUGGAAAAUCUCCUCUUGGAGUACGCCGUUGCAACCAUGGUUCUGGUCAACAUGUUGGUAGACGCCCCUGCUCGUGACUUGCAAUUGCGCUGUCACAUCCGGGCGCAAUUCAUUGGAACAGGCAUCAAGCGAAUCCUCACCAAGAUGGAGACUUUUCAAUACGAAGUCCUCGACAAACAGAUUGAGAAGUUCCGCGAGGAAGAAGCCAUUGACUAUGAAGACCUCAUGCAACGUGAUGGUAGCAGUAUGGUGGACAGCAUUGACGGCGACGCCAAAGAUAUGACCGAUCCGAGAGAAAUCACCGAUGCCAUCAUGUCGAGACUUCAAGGCUCUCGCACUCAGGACUACUUCAUAUCCGCCAUGCAGCAUAUGCUCCUGCUUCGAGAGAACGGCGCCGAAGAGCGCCUGAAAAUGUUUCAGCUCGUCGACUCAAUGCUCAGCUAUGUGGCCAUGGAUCGACGGCUACCAGAUAUGGACUUGAAGCAGAGCCUGAACUUCACUGUGCAAAGCUUGCUGGACAGGCUACACACCGACGAAGAAGCCAGAAUCGCUUUCGAUGAAGCCACAGAAUCGCGCCAGAUCGCAGAGGCAGCCAUUGCCGAGCGUGAUGAAAUGUCUGCACAGAUCGCCCUCGGUGCCGACGGACUCGUCAAGAAGUUGCAGAAGCAAAUCAUCGAACAGGCGGGAAUUAUAGAGAUGCAAGGCAGACAGGCCGAGUCACUCAAGUCCGAGGUCGCUGAGUUGCAGAGAAUACGGGCGCAAGAAUUACAACGGAAUGAGCUGGAGACUAGAGAGCUGUACCUCAUGCUUCGAGAUGCCCAAGAUGUGGCUGCUUCUCGAGGUACCAAGGAGAGCGCGCCCGGCGUAGACCCUGCCCAAAUGCAAGGAAUCCUGGAUAGGGAGAGGCUUAUGGAGCGCCUGGAACGCAACCUGGAAAGGACCAAAACGCAAUUCAAGCUGGAAGGCAAGGUUUGGGGUCAGACCGGGCCGUCUGAUCGCCUGAGGGAGCUUCGAGAGCAGAUGGAUGACGCUGUCGAUGCUGACUUCCAGGAGAAAACGCAGCGUCACCUGACCACCAGCAUCAUGGGGAGUGUCCGCCGAAGCAAUGCUCUCAAGGGUCCAAGACGGGCUGCUCUGGGUGCUUUGGCCAUCAGCGAAGAGGCCGAGCAUGAGGAAGAUUCUGACGACGAUGCAGUCAUAUAUGAAAAGCCUCGCCUAGUUGAAUAUUCUCGGCCAAAGAUGAACCCUGAUCAGCAGACAAGCCUUCUCGGAGAGCUGACAUCCAAAGUCAGGAGGAUAGAUGGCGAUGAGGGCGACCAGGCAGCCGCCGACGCAGAUGAUGGUGGCAUCACCACAGGCCCAACUCAUCCCAGCUUGGAGUCCGGCUCACCGAAAACUCCUCUUGAUGAGAUCCCAGCGGAAGCAAAAUUCAAUGGACCUCCACCGCCUCCGCCGCCACCAAUGGACCCAUCUCUGUCUGGUCCGCUCACACCGUCUCUCAUUGCAGGCUUCGAGAAUGGCCCGCCCCCGCCGCCUCCACCACCACCGCCCCCGCCUCCUGGACAACCCAUGUCUCCAAUGACACCUGGAACCAUGCCAGGAUUUACUGGCGGACCACCUCCGCCCCCUCCACCACCCCCUGGCUCUCUGCCCAUGAGCCCGCUAUCCCCCAUCCCGCCUCCGCCGCCUCCGCCAGGCGCACCUCCAUUACCUGGCGCACAACACGGCCAUUUUAUGCCUCAAUCACCCAUUAUUCCAGCAACAAUGCUCAAGAACCCAUUUAUGAGACCCAAGAAGAAGCUCAAGGCGUUUCAUUGGGACAAAGUCGACACGCCCCAGAUCACUGUGUGGGCGGAGACGGCAAAUCCAUCUGCCAAAGAAGAAAAAUAUCGUGAAUUGCAACGGAAGGGGGUCCUUGAUGAAGUCGAAAAGCUUUUUAUCGCCAAGGAUAUCAAAAUCAUUGGCUCAGGUGCCAGUAAAGGGAAGAAUGAUAAGAAGCAGCUGAUCAGCAGUGACAUGAUGAGAAAUUUCCACGUCUCGAUGGCCAAAUUCAAGAACGACUCGGCGGAUGACGUUGUCCGAAAGAUCAUUCACUGUGACAGGGAAUUACUUGACAACACUGUAGUCAUGGACUUUUUACAAAGGGACGACCUUUCGAAUCCACCAGAAAACUUGUCGAAAUUAAUGGCGCCGUACAGCAAAGAUUGGACAGGAGCAGACGCCGCAACCUCGAAGAGAGAACAAGACCCGAGCGAAUUGACACGAGAGGACCAGAUCUACCUGCAGACUGCUUAUGAACUACACCACUAUUGGAAAGCGAGAAUGCGGGCUCUGGCCUUGACCAGGAGCUACGAGAACGAGUAUGAUGAGAUUUCCAACAAACUGAAGGACGUUGUCAAUAUCUCCGAAGCAAUCCGCGACUCCACAUCGUUGAUGAGCGUCCUAGCUCUGAUUCUUGACAUUGGCAAUUACAUGAACGAUUCCAACAAGCAGGCAUCAGGCUUCAAAUUGAGCUCACUGGCGAGAUUAGGGAUGGUCAAGGAUGACAAAAACGAAACAACGUUUGCCGAUCUUAUCGAACGCAUUGUCCGAAAUCAGUACUCUGAAUGGGAAGUUUUUGUCGAGGAUAUUGCAGGCGUUGUGCCAGCUGCGAAGCUGAACAUUGAUCAACUUCGAUCAGAUGCCAAGAAAUAUAUCGACAACAUCAAAAAUGUCCAGUCUUCGCUUGAUGCUGGCAACCUGAGUGACCCCAAGAAGUUCCAUCCUCAGGACCGUGUCGCACAGGUUGUCCAGAGAUCAAUGAAGGAAGCCAGACGCAAGGCUGAUCAGAUGCAAUUGUACCUAGAGGAAAUGUCAAGAACCUACGACGACAUCAUGACAUACUUUGGAGAAGAUAACCAAGAUGAGAACGCGAGAAGGGACUUUUUCGGCAAGCUUGGUGGAUUCGUGACCGAGUGGAAGAAAUCAAGAGAAAAGAAUAUGACCAUGGAAGAAAAUAAGCGGCGCGUUGAGGCUAGCAUUUCUAGAAAGCGGGCCAUGGCAAGCGCGAAUGUAAGUGGCACAGGUAGCGGAGCAGACACCCCUGGCAGUCCACCGGCAAAUGGUGCAAUGGAAACCCUCCUUGAAAAGCUCCGGGCAGCAGGUCCGCAGCAAAAGGAUCAGCGAGACAGAAGGCGGCGAAUGAGGUUGAAAGAAAAGCACGAUCAACGCAUCGCAAGCGGCCAACAGGUCCCUGAUCUGCCUCUCAGGGAGGGCAAUGAAGAGGCGACGGGCCUUCAUGCUGGCGAUGAGAAAAAGGCGACGGAUGACUCUCUCAGUGUUGAUGAGGCUAACAGUGGCACUGGCAAUGUCAGUGAAAGUGAGGAUGUGGCGGAUCGAGCCCUUCGAGCCUUGCAAGAAAUGAGGAGUUCCGCGCCAUCUACAGGAGAUGAGGUUGACGUUCGGCGGCGGCGGGAGGGAGCAGACGAGGAGAGAAAAAAUAGGAGACUGCGACGGCGAACAGCUCAACAGAGCGGCGGCACCGCUCGAGAUUCGAUACAGUCGCCAACGGAGUCUUCUGUAACAGUCGAUGGCGAAGCUAGCUAUGACGAUAAGAGAUCGUCUGGAGGUACAUUGAGCCCUGUCACAGGCCAGCCUACUCCAUCGAUCAUCGUCAGCCCCACCGAAGAAGAAGAUGGGGCCGAAGCCGGCGAUGGACAACCUUGAUGGACGCAUUGGAAGCAUCAUCUGUAUAUGAGGUAGUCCCAGGGGUUUAGCAUGAAGGCAGGAAAUUGGAGAGCAUUGACUGAUGAAACAAAUGAGUCCAGCAUGCAUGUUUGGAGUGGCUUCUUGGAGAAGGAUUGCCAGCAGCGAUCCUGGCAAAGAUUGUACGUUGGAGAUAAGAGUGGAUAAGAGGGAGUGAGAGAAGAAGAGAAGGAUAGUGUCCUCGCUGGACAGAAAGAAGAAGUGAGGUGUUUUCAAUCACGGUGCAUCAAGCAUGGUCCUAUUCUUGCGCUUGUGUAAUCACCGAGAUACCCAAUUGUUAAUUUGAUUUUCCAUUCCCUAUACCAAUUUGGCGGCCAAAGCGUUGGCUCACACCUGGAUUCUACACAAACAUGCCAUGAAAUAGGUCUUGGACACAGAUAAUCAUCAAUCGCGGUGAUGGUGGCGGCAAUGAGACUUGACUCUUCGAUCAAGUGCUGUGACACGAGGGUAUGAGCAAUUCUCUCUGUCCUGGUACUCGCAAACAAGAUCAUUUCC